AUGCAGCCGAAGAUCAACGCCUUCUUCAAGCGCCAGGCCCCAGAUCCGGGUCCCAACAGCGCCGACGACGCGCCUAGGGAAGGCGGCGGCGGCGCAGCGGAGCCGAAUAGGCCCAGGAGCGACGGCGCGGCGGACGCCAAGGUGCUGAGCAAGAAGCGGAGCUACGGGCAGUUCCACCUGGAGCUGGGGCAGCCCGACUUCCUCCUCCACGCGUGCGCGGUCUGCGGCAUGAUGUACGCCCGCGGGAACGACGAGGACGAGAAGGUCCACAGGGCAUACCACAGGACCUACUUCCAGGGCGUCCCCUUCAAGGGUUGGCGCGACGAAACCGUGGUUGCGAGGUCCGAGGGCGGUGACAGGAUAAUUCUUGCAACUGGCGAGAAUUCUUGUACGCGGAACAGCAAGGUUCAGGAGGUGAUCAAAGUGGUGGAGAAGGAGCUGGGGUUUGGUGAAGGCAGGCUCCUUCAUAAGCUUUGCAAGGUUUAUCUGUUCGUAUCCAGUGGGAGGAUAGUGGGAUGUCUUGUUGCCGAACCGAUAAAAGCAGCACACAAAGUUAUUCCGAGCUCCUCAUCGGAAGACAAACACGAGUUACCAGACAAUAAAAUUGAACCAGCACAAGCAAACCAUACAUUAGAGUUUGGGAAAAUAAGUUUCAAGAGGGAAGUCUUAAGACGGCAUAAUCAUCCCGACAAGAACAGAGAAGAGAGCCAGGGCCCUGGUGCCAUAAUCUGCCAACAAGAAGCUGUCCCUGCUGUCUGCGGAUUCCGGGCCAUCUGGGUGGUGCCGUCACGCAGAAGAAAGGGACUAGGGUCGCAGCUAAUGGAUGCCGCAAGGAAGAGCUUUUGCGAAGGCAGUGUGCUGGGGAUCUCACAAUGCGCUUUCACUCCACCAACCUCUGCUGGCAAGGCACUGGCGUCGAGUUACUGCAAGACGAGUGCAUUCUUGGUCUACAGGGAGGGAGAUGUAUAGUAUAUGAUGCUCCCAUUUAUGGAUAGCUAACUGACAAACAGUUGUAAAAUUUGUCAUGUUGAAUAUAAACAUCACAAUUUCUGCUGUACCUAGUGAACAGAAGAGGUUAUAACGACACUUUGCAUAUGUGAUCCUCUUUGACAGCAGUGUAUUCUCACGAUUUCUCGCUUUCCACAUGAUCUUGACAGUCAAAUGUUGUUGCGCGC